AUGCUGGCUAAAAUUCUGGAGGAGAUGUGGGUGGAGCCGGAGGUGCUGGAGGCCCUAAGCGAAGAGCAGAAGAGGAUCCUUUUCCUUAAAAUGAGAGAAGAGCAGGUACGCCGCUGGAGGGAAUGGGAGGAACGGGAAGGAGAGAACAUUGGAAGAAGCAGGCCCAAGAAAGCCACCAGUAAGCAUGUGAGCUGGCUCCUCGGCCGUGAUGGAGACGUGUGCGUUCGUGUGAUUGGAGAAAUGGAUGAGUUCAGGUCAUCUAAACUCCUCCACAACAUUUUUAAUGAGAGGCUCCAUUGUGAUAGUAUGAAUGGCAUCCAGACAGCAGACAUGCAGGCAGGAAAAAUGGCCCAGCAGCUUGGAUUUAAAAAAGAAAGCCACCUAGCCUUUACCGAGGACACCACUAGUGGUUGUGACUCACCAAACAGCCACUCGUCUCAGGACGAGAUGGACUCCGACUGCGCGGAUGAUGACCCGAAGGACCCCGGCGAGGGCAGCGACAGUGAAUCAGGCAGCAGCUCGGACAACCUCAGCGACUGGGCUCCUCUCCGCGGGCCCCAUCUUAGUCGCCAUGGCAACAAACCAGCACUCAAAACCCAGCUGUUCGACGCAGAGAUGGUCAGCCCACAGGCCAGAGAUGUCUUGUGGGUUCAAGAAAAAAAGUUAGAAUAUGGAGGAAGAGUGGCCCAGCUGAGAAAAGCCUUUGGAUCUGGUCCUUCAGACAGUUUCAGCAAGUCUCCAUUACCUGCGAAACCUGCUCAACUAUUGACCAGACGCAUGUCGUUGAUCCAUUAG